CACCAGGCCAUCAGGGUUCCUGCCUGAAGUUCCCACGUCGUCUGCACUCGAGCUGCAUGAGCUUUAUCUACCGUCCUAAUUCUACAAUGAAUGACGCCACACAGUAAUCCGUGCAGUUUCCUUCAACGCUGCCGUUAUUGUUUAUUCUGGCAUCUACAGCCGUCCUAGUAGCACCCCCACAAUGAACUGGCCGUCAUAAAUCCAUCUCGUUACAUUCAUCAUUUUAUCAGAGCAACACACAAUGGCUUUUAGAACAACACUAGUCGGAUGCGUCACGGCCGCGCUGGCCACGGUCGGGCGCGCGUCCCAGCCUGGAGCAGCCAAACCGGUUGAAGCUCCGAUGAGGGACCUCCAGUGGGCACAGCUCAACUUUCUGCACACGACCGACACCCACGGCUGGCACGGUGGUCACCUCCUCGAGUCCCAGUACUCGGCAGACUGGGGUGACUAUGUUUCUUUUGCCGAGCACCUCCGCCACCGCGCCGACCAGGAAGGCCGCGACUUGCUGCUGGUCGACACGGGCGACAGGAUUGAGGGCAACGGGCUUUACGACUCUUCGGACCCCAAGGGCCGCUUCACCUACGACAUAUUCCGUCGGCAGGACAUUGAUAUCAUCUGCACCGGCAACCAUGAGCUCUACCAAGCCGACGCCGCUGACCGCGAAUGGUCGCAGACUGUCCCGAACUUCAAGGACAAGUACAUCGCCUCCAACCUCGAUUACAUACACCCAGAGACGGGCGAGAAGAAACCCAUGGCUCAGCGGUUUCGUAGAUUCAAAACAAAGAACCAAAAGAUGGACGUCCUAGCCAUGGGUUUUCUGUUUGACUUUACCGGUAACGCCAACAACACAGUCGUACAACCUGUUGAGGACACUGUCGAGGAAGAGUGGUUCAAGAAUGCGAUCAAGGAGAAGCCUGACAUCUUUGUCAUAAUUGGACACGUCGGGUUACGGAUGCAAGAGUUUAAGCACAUCUUUACAGAGAUCCGGAAGCAAAACUGGUUCACUCCAAUUGCUUUCUUUGGAGGACAUGCGCAUGUUAGAGACGCCGUCAAGUUCGACGACGGCGCUUAUGCUAUCGCAAGUGGUCGGUACUUUGAGACUAUAGGGUGGAUGUCGGUAGAUGGGCUCUACAAAGACACUACCAAGGGCAAGACGCCAGUCAAAUUCCAGAGGCGGUACAUCGACAACAACCUGUUGGGGUUGUACCAUCACACUGGACUCAACCAGUCCACCUUUCCUACCAAGAAGGGCCAAGAAGUGACUGAAAUGAUUACGGCCGCCAGAAAAGAGCUCAAGCUGGAUGAGAAGUACGGAUGUGCACCUCAGACCUACUGGAUGAACCGCGCUCCUUACCCUGGAAAUGAGAGCGUUUAUACCUGGCUGGAAACGGAAGUGCUGCCAAAAGUCGCCGUCAAUGAAGAGAGGAAGAACAAUUCCCGGCUGGCUAUCUUGAACACCGGUGGGAUAAGGUUCGACAUCUUCAAGGGCCCGUUUACCAGGGACUCGACUUUUAUUGUCAGCCCUUUCACCUCGGGACUGAACUACGUCAAGGAUGUACCAUAUGAGGUUGCCCAAAAGCUCAUUAAGCUGCUCAACAACGGCGGACCGAUUCUUGCGGCCGGACAAGGUGUGCCAGACCUGCGAUUCAUGGCCUCACCAGAGCAGUGGUUCCGUACCGAGGACGUCGUCGUCACCGACUCGACAUCGACCCCGUCUCAUUCAUUCACCGCUGAGGAUUUCGACCAGAAGCCUUUGAGCCAUCAUGAUAAACACAAACCGGCCUUGAUUGGUGGCUACACAACCAAGGACGACAUAUCUGAUGAUGGCGACGAUGCGGUGCAUUCGCCAUUGUCAUUCUAUAGAGUACCGAACUGUGUCCAGGCCGAGGUUGGCUUUCCCGUCGAUGAUGACGGAAAGAAGAAGAACCCUGAAAAGGUGGACGUUGUCUUCAUCAGCUUCAUCCAGCCGUGGGUUUUGCUCGCCCUCAAGUUUGCGGGAGGCGACUAUACCUCGGAUGACGUUGGUGUCUAUCGGAACGGAACCUUUACCGAGAUGAUGGCCGACUGGAUCCAGGAGAACUGGAAGGGAGACUGCUGAACAGCUCAUUUGUACAAGAAUGAAGAUUGUUUAUUGAUUUUAUUGUGGUUAUUAGGCGUUGGGGACUGGCACACUUUAUAUAUCCGGUAUUUCUUUUGUUUCUUCUCAUAUAAUGUCAAACGAGGUAGAUUAACCCCAGCUUAGUGUGAUAUAUACAUUUACGCAAUCCACACAACCAAGACAGAAAAGAUUUCGUUGGUGUUCAAGUUGAAAUAGAAUUAAAGCCAAAUGCAGCCCC